UGUGACGCAGAUGUCAGUCUCCCAGGCAGCAGAUGAGACAGUUUGGCGAAGAUGGCGGAUUCGCUGUCGUCAGGUCUGGGAGAGGAAAAAGAGAAGGAGAAGGAGGACAUUGAGAGGGAUACAAAGGCUGCCAAAACAGAGAAGAACAAGGAGAAAGGCAGACUCACGGAGACGUUGAGGUUCAACGAUAAAAAUGGCGGCAGUAAGGUCCAGAAACGCAACAUGUCAGACCUGUCUCUGGUCAGAUUUAUAACCACUGAGCUCACCAGAGGCUACUUCCUGGAGCACAAUGAGGCCAAAUACACGGAGCGCAGAGAGAGGGUCUACACUUGCCUCCGCAUCCCCAAGGAGCUGGAGAAGUUGAUGACAUUCGGUUUCUUCCUCUGCUUGGAUGCUUUUCUCUACGUAUUCACCCUUCUGCCCCUCAGGGUGAUUCUGGCCCUUUUACGGCUCCUCACAUUGCCUUGCUGUGGCCUCAGUGGCUCCCGCUUGCUCCAGCCAGCCCAAGUGUGCGAUGUACUGAAAGGCUUCAUUAUGGUGCUGUGUUACUCAAUGAUGAGCUAUGUGGAUUACUCCAUGAUGUACCACCUGAUCAGAGGACAGUCUGUCAUCAAACUGUACAUCAUAUACAACAUGCUGGAGGUGGCGGACCGCCUGUUCUCAUCAUUUGGCCAGGACAUCCUGGACGCUCUGUACUGGACAGCCACAGAACCGAAGGAGAAGAAGAGGGCGCACAUAGGCGUGAUUCCUCACUUCCUCAUGGCUGUGCUCUAUGUCUUUCUCCAUGCCAUCCUCAUCAUGGUUCAGGCCACCACUCUCAAUGUAGCCUUCAACUCCCACAACAAGUCCCUGCUCACCAUCAUGAUGUCAAACAACUUUGUGGAGAUUAAAGGAAGUGUGUUUAAGAAGUUUGAAAAGAACAACCUUUUCCAGAUGUCAAACAGUGACAUUAAAGAGAGGUUCACCAACUACAUCCUCCUGCUCAUCGUCUGUCUCAGAAACAUGGAGCAGUUCUCAUGGAACCCUGACCACUUGUGGGUGCUGUUUCCUGAUGUAGUCAUGGUGAUAGGCUCGGAGGUUGCCGUGGACGUAGUCAAGCACGCCUUCAUCACCAAAUUCAAUGACAUCAGUGCUGAUGUAUACGGGGAAUACAGAGCCAGCCUUGCAUUCGAUCUUGUCAGUAGUCGGCAGAAAAAUGCCUACACAGACUACAGUGACUCAGUUUCCAGAAGAAUGGGCUUCAUCCCUCUUCCUUUAGCUCUGCUGUUGAUCAGAGUAGUGACCAGCUCAGUGAAGAUCCAGGGUUCACUCUCCUUUAUGUGUGUGCUGCUGUUCUACCUGGGGAUGAUCACUCUGAAGGUGCUCAACAGCAUUGUCCUGCUGGGGACGUCCUGUGUGUUCGUCAAAGAGGCCAACAUGGAAGAAAAGCUCUUUGACCCUCCACCCUCUGCUGUCUCCAGCCGUGCGAACUCCAGAGCUAACCGCACAAAACAUGUUCACACUGCACCACAGCAAGAACCCACAACUGACAAAGGAGGAAUAUCGCAGGCAUCAGACAAUCCUCAGGCAGCCAACAUGGAAGAGAGCUCCGCCCCCACACUACCUAAGAGCAAUUCAGACACAUUCCUGACUACGCCAGACGAGGACGAUGACAAAAUUAUCAACGUCAACACGGGACUCGAAGGGGACGGGCUGGAGCACAGACCGCCCAAGAAAGAUUUGCUGGAAAUAGACCGCUUUACCAUCUGUGGCAACCGAAUAGACUGAGUGCCAUGUAAGACAAACAUCAGUGUCCUGGCAAAACAGCGAGGUUCAGGGAUCAGACACGGGUCACGGAGCAUGCUCAGACAGACAUAUUUUUGUGCACCUGACCACAGGAGUAUUUAUUUAUUUAUUGCUGACAAAACCAGCCAAGGCAUAAAGCUGUUACUGCAGGCAUCAGAGGCUGCUUCAGAUGUUUCCAUCUGGUCUCGUCGGUGCCCCAUGAACCACGGAGGGGGCUCACUGAUGACGACGAUGUGGAAAAACCGGCGUGCACAGUUGGAGUCCAGCAUUACUUGUGAAAUCGGACAACGUGGAUCGCCCGGCGAUCAGAUGACCGUGACAGCUGGACUGUGCGAGUAUGUGUUCAAAAGCACAAUCACAUGUCAAGCGCAUCAGAGUUGUUUUUAGAAUGAACAAAACUUGUUGAUUUUUUUGUAAUUUUUUUUUUUUUUUAAUUUCAAAAGGCUGAAAAAUUCUAAUAUUUGAAAUGAAGUUUUUAUGAAGAAUCUCUUUUUUCUAAAAUCGGCCAUAUUCAACUGCAGGACUCCAAGACUCCCAGUCACAACAACACAUUGUUGAAAUCUAAAUUUGCUCUGCAGACACACACACACACACACCCCAACACCCAAACACACAUCUUAACAGUCUUAUUUAAACUGAGCCCAGAGUGAUGUCCACAGCUGUCAGACAUGGCAGCAGUACGCUCCCUCAUGAGCGCAGUGUCUUCGCCGGACAUCCUCAUGGCUCGGUCACAGUGGUGACUUUUCCUUUCAGACACGGAUAAAAAGUUUUGAGGUUUUAGUGUUGUGCAGUUUGUGGUAAUAUUGUUAGUUUAAAGCUGUGGGCUAAGAUGGUACCUGGUUGUAAAGACUCGAGUAUUUGUUUUGAAGUGGACUCCAAGCCAAAUUUGGAAAAAAGUUCUUUUUUUAAGUAAGUGUAACCUACAGAUUACCAUAUCUUGGUGUAACACCACUGCCUCCUAGAUGUCAUUUAAAAUACAUUGUGACACUGGUGUCAAGUCAUACGUUUUCAGUUCUUUACCAUUAUUUUUACAGUAAUAUGAACAAUAAUUAAGAAUACAUGUAUGCAGAUAAAACAUUUAAGGUCACCUGAAGAUGAGACACAGCUGCAAGGCUAAAUCACCUUUAAAUGAUAGGAAACUGAGGAGGAUCAUAUCAGCACUGUCACAUUUUAGCAGUGAACACAGCUGUUUGCAUUUACCAGAGAGCUGUACAGUAGGAAAAUGUACAGUAGGAAAUUUAGGUUUGACCACUAAAGGUUCCUGGUGUAGUUUGAUGUGGUUGGCUGCUGGCUUUGAUUAUUGCAAGCUCUUUCCAAAUGCUUGUGUCUUUAGAUGCUGCCAAAGCUGCAGGCACUGUUUGACAAGCUGUGAUCUGAAGUGCCAGGAGUUUCAUGGCCUCCGCAAAAGUUUUGUACAUCCCAAACCAGGUUCUGCCUCUCAUGACACUAUUCAGAUUUCAUUACAUUCAAGCCAUGGUAAUAAAUAUUUGUUUGGUUUGUUUAAAAUAUCCAGUGAUCUUUGGAAAACCCCAAAACUUAUUCAUGUCCAGCAGUAAGUUUUCCAGAAUCAUUCUGGACUCUUCUACCUACUCUUAUACUCUGUUUGUUGCACAAUAAUAAAGAUUUUACCUGAUUUCCCAAGUUGCAACUCUGUUUGUAUAAUUUUAACAAAAUUGGUCACCAAAAAUAGCGUACCUCCUUGCUCAGUUUGUUCUUUGUAAGCCAAAAGUUUUGUGAAAUCAUUAGAUAUAUAUUGUUUACCUACAUUGAUGUGCAUGUUACAUUUUUACACAAAAUGUGUUUAUAUUUUUCCUGUGUUAUGCAAAACAAGUGAGGAGAUGGUGACAGUCCAUCUCCCUUGGAAGGAUUUAGAAUUGCAACUUGGACUACAGGUUAAACAGGAGUCGCACGCCACAAAGUAGCAGAGGCAGGUGCAUAGGAUCAAAAACCCUUUACUUGGAAAUAAAGAAUCCAACACGCAGUCCAUCAACUUUUACUCUGUUUAUUAACGAUGUUUCCUUCCACGUUUUUCAAAAUUUGAAGGUAUUCAUUGCUUAUCUUAGCUGCGAUUCAAAUGUAAUGGUAAUACAUGAGAGGCAUAAACUGGGGUUAAGUCCAGCUUUAUCAGGAGGACAUCCAGCACGGUAAAAUGAGUCUUAUGAAGGAUGGAUUAGAGUGUGGAUGCAUUGUGACAGUGUGGUGUGUGUGUGUUUGAGUGAGAGCGAGAGACAAUUUGCAGUGCAUGGACGGAUCUCACUACCAAAAGACAUAUUUUAUGUAUAAAUAGGAUAUUUCAUUGUUUGUUUUUUCAUGUACAGCCCAUCGAUGUCAUGCAUCCUCUACGUGGUAGAAGGAGAAUAAAACAAGAUUUUUCUUA